UCCAGAGCCGAGCGAGCGAGUAGUACUAUACGGUGCCUUCGAGACGGACAGACCGUCUAGUGCGUCGUCGUCGUCCCCUGCACGUCAAAGAGACGCAACGAGUUGUUAACGCUAGGUAAACAGAUAACACCCACCCAUCGGUUGAACAACGAUUUUCGCCCGAGUAUCGUUAAACAAGCCAACCGAGCAGUACAAUUGCACAUUCUUGACGUGAGAGUCGAAGACGGCAACUCCCCCUCAAGGAGAGACAGGAAGAGAAGGGUAGAGUGUGCACGGUAGCGACAAGGAAAGCUGCAACUGUUCUUUGGCUCCUCGAGGUUUCCUGCGUCGUCGUCGUCGUCGUCGUUCGCUAGUCGCUGGGAGUCAACGACAAGCACACAUACGCACACACUGUCUCUCGCAGCACGCGCGCAGCUGAUACAAAAGACACCACCGACCAACACACCACCACCGACCCCAAAAAGAGAUAGAGACACAAAACGGCGCGUGCACCCGCAAAAUUCAAAGAGAAUCACUGAGCUCGGCCGUCCAGCACCACCACCACGCUCUCGUCGCAAGGUCGAGUCCUCGAGAGACUCGGGGGGAGCAAACGACAAGAGGACGACCCUCGGAGGAAGCGCCGAUCACCCGGGAGCCGCGAGUCCGCGGAGGGAGUGGCGGGACAGGCGGAGUUGGCGCCGUUCGGAGGUACGGAGGCGCCGGGACGCCACCGCCGCGGCUGCACCCAUGCCGGCCGGGGGUAUUGGGGCCUCGUACCGGUCCCUCGGGGACCUGGGCGAGGACGUCUACAAGAGCACGACCAUCGUCGAGCAGACCAAAACAACCAGCCAGAGCGUGCUCGAGAGCGUCAAAAAGGCCUUCAGCUUUGCCGCGCCUAAGAUCGAGCUCGCGCUCAGGAAGAAGGAGCCGCUGAUCGUCGACAGACGCGAGAGCGUGUCCAUCGUCACCAGGGAAAAACACAAGAUGCCGACCGCAGCCAGUGCCGAGGAGUCUGCUCUGUUGGGCGCGAUGCCAUCGGACGCCAGUAUGGACGACAUCGAGCUGAAGAACAUUCAGCUGCAGUUCCCCACGUUGAGGUACCUCACGAGGGACGACGGCUCCGUCCGGGAGGAAAGGGUCGAGACCGACAGGGGCGCGCUUAUCGUCGCCGUUCAAGGGAACCGGGCGAAGCCAGCCAUUCUCACGUAUCACGAUCUUGGCCUUAACUAUAUCUCGAGCUUCCAGGCAUUCUUUAACUACAUUGACAUGCGAGUGCUCCUGGAAAAUUUCUGCGUCUACCACGUGAACGCUCCAGGCCAGGAGGAGGGCGCCCCAACAUUACCCGAAGACUACGUGUACCCAUCCAUGGAGGAACUGGGCGAGCAGCUGCUGUUCGUGAUGGGGCACUUUGGGCUAAAAAGCGCGAUCGGAUUCGGCGUCGGUGCCGGCGCUAACAUCCUCGCCCGCUUCGCCCUGGCGCAUCCCGAGAAGGUCAACGCCCUCUGUCUCAUCAAUUGCGUGUCCACGCAAGCCGGCUGGAUAGAAUGGGGCUACCAGAAGCUCAAUUGCCGCCACUUGCGCUCCCAGGGCAUGACCCAGGGGGUUCUCGACUACCUCAUGUGGCACCACUUCGGCAGGGGCACCGAGGAGAGGAACCACGAUCUCGUGCAGGUCUACAAGAACUACUUCGAGCGCCGGGUGAACCCGACAAACCUCGCGCUGUUGAUCGACAGCUACGUGCGCCGUACGGACCUCAACAUAACUCGAGAGCUCGACCCGACGCGUAAGAAGGACAGCUCGACCCUCAACGUGCCGGUGAUGAACAUCACGGGCUCCCUCAGCCCCCACGUCGACGACACGGUCACGCUCAAUGGGCGCCUCGAUCCCACCAACAGCUCGUGGAUGAAGAUCUCAGACUGCGGCAUGGUUUUGGAAGAGCAACCGGGCAAAGUAAGCGAAGCCUUUCGGCUGUUCCUGCAGGGUGAAGGAUAUGUGGUGAGAUCCCCGGGGAAGACCACGACGCCUACAACACCCGAAGUUGCACCCCUCUCGCCGUUAAAGAUGGCGGACUACAGACGUGCUUCGACCGAGGGUCUGAAUUUCAUCUGCGCCAAGAAAAUAGAUUGGCCGACCACCACCAUCCACAUCACUGAAAAUCCAUUGCCGGAGGCUGUUGCCUGUUAAGCUAAGAUUUAUUUCUGCUGGUCGGGCUAAAUAAAUAACGUCAAGUGAGGGAAAAAGAAAUUAUCGUCUCUUCUGCAUUUGUGGGCGAAUUUAUUGGAACGGAGGUGAUGAUACACCAGAAAAUUAUUUUUAAUAGAAUGAAGACGACGCCACUUGCGAAUCCAGACACAUUCGUUUUUAGUUUAGCUUGUAGUUAUUUAUUAUUUCAUUAGGCUUUUCCUACAGGUAUAGUGUUUUAAAAAUAGGUAAAUAAAAUAGUGAGUGUAUUUUAUUUGUAUGAGUUAAAUUUUUAUUGCAAAUCGUUUGAGGGAAGGUCAUGGUUUCAAGCUUUUUCACUGUCAGUAUUUCGAGUCAAAAACAUUACUCUCUUGAUCUUUCUUCAAACAACCAAUAAAACUUCAUUUUUUUUUGUUAUUGUCGAGUUCGCAAGUAUACUAAUGAUUAUAAUAUUAUUUAAAAAAUAAGUGUGAGUUGGAUCAUUGUUCUUCACCAGGAUUUUAAAACAAAGCAGAAAUUUAAGAAAUGUCAAGAAACUUUGCAGCUAAAAUAUAAAUGAUAAAGUAUUUUAUGCAGCAACGAAUUCAAGCAGAAAUCAUCAUAGUCAUAUAAUUGAUGUAGAAGAUAUGUUCACAAAAAAUACUGCUUUCUGUGUAAAAACAAACUUGCAUUCGUUAAUUAUUGGAAUUGCAACACGAGCUGAUAUGUUUUUUAAUAUCAAAUAUAUUUCACAUAUCAAUUUCUGGAAGGUAAUUGUAUUGAUUUUAAAAUGUUGUUUUUUGACACAAAAUUAUUUGUUACAGUUUUUAACUCGAUGUUUUUUGUACUAUAUACAUUACGCAUAAAUGUCAUUAAGUUCAAUAUAAGAAAUGUAUUUUUGCAUUUCACUACUCGUUAUAAAAAUGCAGACAUUAAUUAACCGUAAUAUUUUAAAUUCAUUUGUAAGAGGUAGACGCAAAUUGUUUGUAGUUCAAUAAUUAAUUACCCACUUAUGUGAGCUAAAGAAAUAAAUUUUAGUUUCUCUUAUGGCAGUGUGAAAAAAAGAGGCUCAAAUCGAUUUAAGAAUGAGCAACAAAUAAAUUAGUGUUUCUACUUAAUCUCUAGACAAAAAAAAUACAGAGAUCUUAAGACGCAGUUUUUCGCAACAAAUCAGACAAAAAAGUCCUUCGUUGUUUGUUUUCCUUGAAGUAACACUAGUUGUAGUCAUUAAGUUAUGAAAAGUUUAUUUAAAAUUUGUUAAAUAAGUAGACAACAUAACCUUAAAUGUUACCCAAAAAUGAUUUUGCAAAACUUCAAAAGACUUUUCUUUCAGAAAUGUUCGUACGAAAUCACAAAAAGCUUGAGUACAGUGAAUCAUAUCAUAUAAUAUGUGGUAAAAUGACUAAUGCUAGUUAAUAAAUAAUACCCAGCAUAUCCAAGCAGAUUAAUGUAAAUCUGAUAUCUACUAUCUACCUUCAUCACAUGACUUUUCGUAGUACAUCAUCUUCAUCAAUGCAAAACAUUACAUUCGCAUGUUACAAAAAAACUAAUCAUCUUAGAUAUGAUUCACUUUUGUCAUCAUAACUCAUCUAGUUUGUUAAAAAUUUUGGAUUACCGGUACUGAGCAAUCGUAAAUGUAUCUUGAAUCAGCUUUUCAUACCCAAUGUUUUUCCCGAGCAGUAAAAUACGUAGCCGUAUACAUAGUUGUACCAAAAAGUAAAUUAGCUGGUUCCUGAGACACAUUAGCUUUCCUGCGUUAAGGAUGCUUUGAGCAAAGUGAUAAAAUUAAACGACGGUCUUAUGCUGAGGAAUUAACCGAAUAGGAGUUAACUGCUCACAAAAAUGCGACACUGGCCUAUAAUAUUUACGUGUAGAAAGGAAAAGUGAGGGUCCGAAAGCGCCUACUUAUAUGUAUUAACGUAGAGCAUUGCAGAUAUAGAGAUAAAAUAUAUAAAAUGUGUAAGAAGAACAAAAAAAAAUAAAGUAUGGUAUUGCGCGUAUCAUUAUUUUGCCUAGGCGAUGGAUUAUAUUUAUACUUGAAUACGUAACUAUCAGAUUUUAUAGGGAUUACAUAGCAAACGAGAAAGUGAUAAGCGCAAUCGAAGUGCCGGGAAUAUUAAAUUUCUUGAAUGUUUAUCAUUUUUCGCGAAAAGCAUUUGUUAGUGCUAAUUUAUUGUUACAAACGCGAUUGUGAAUUGAUUAUUUGUAUUGUGUAAUAUGACAAUGAUAUCGCAUGAUCUGACUAAAAAUUAAAUUCAAGUAUUCGUUGGUAUACAUAUUAAAGCUAGAUUUUAAGAAACUUGAAUACAAAAAUCUUGAAAACUGACAAAGAAUGGAGUUGUUUUUUAAAAUUUUGUAUCCGACGCGUACUCACAGUCGCGUCGAAUUGGCAUUUUUAUAAAUUUGUACAUUGAACGAAUCAAAUCAAUAUUUAUUUAACAUAAAUUGAUAAUUUUUGCAAAUUCUAAAGUAAGCGUUUAGUGACAUUUGCCUGGAUAACGAAAACGUUCUAAUCAAGGUAGCCAGAUGAAGGAAAAUAAAAAUCGUUCAUCGAAAGUAAGAAGAAACAAAUAAGAAUAAAUGGUACGUUGGCAUGUACAUACGCAACCACAUCUAAAACCAACGUCAUCAUCAUCAUCUGUGACCUUCAAUUCUCCAUAUUUUCGAAAAACCGAGCUGGCAAAAGAUAAAUAGAUUUGAGAAAGAGCUUAGAUAUCGAAACACUUAGCGCGAAGGAUUUAGCUAUAAUUAGGCUACGGAUAUAUAAUG